CAGGGAAUCUUUGCUCAAUGUCCGUUGCUCUCUCCGUCUUCUUCAACGCCAAGAAAGAAAACAAAAAACCCUAGAUGAGAUAAGCUGUUCUUCUGCAGCAAAAAAGCAGCAGUGCCAGUGGACCUCAUCGGAAGCUUCUCUCUCCGAGUUCAGAUCUUGUCAUGUCAUCACACUGUGGGUCCCGUCCGGGCUUUUACACUUUCCCUCCAAAUCCAGUCCUUUAGUAUUUGAUCACUACAAAAAAUAAGUAACAAACAUGGCUCACAACUCCAAGGAAGAGCCUAAAACGGCUCCACAACCCGGUCGCUGGUACAAUCUAACUCUAGGCCCUUCCUUCAAAGAAGACGCCUCGAAUAAUAAGUACUGCACUUUGCGAUAUGAAUUUAAACCAGCUUCGAUUGAUAAGAGUAAGGUUGGAUCAUUGCAUAAAAAUAAGGAAAAUAGAGUUUCUGUGGAGUUUCAAAACAAUCAAUUGGGAAAACCUAAAGUUACAUUUGAAGGAAGUAGCGAGGAUUACAAAGAAAACGAUGGCGUUUUAUUCUUCGAAGGCGAGACAUUGAGAAUGGAGAGGCUUCACCGGGCUGUGAAGCAGCUCCGACACCUCCGGCUACCGGGUGAAUCUGCUACUGCUGCAGCAGUGGCAGCUGGUCAAUCUGGGCCUGCCAUUGAGCCCCGGUUAUCUCCGGUUGGGAAGGGUUUGAAACCUAUGCAGAUUGGGAGAAGCACCCCUUUCCCUCCUGUGCCGGUUGAGGUGGAAAGAAUUGAUGUUGGUGAACCACAAAUUCCAGGUGCCAAAGCUGCCAGUAAAGGGAUUUCUGGGAAUCCAACUGAUCAGCCAAAUGUAUCGAAUUCCUGGCCAAGUCCUAAAAAUGAAGAAGCUGAAGAGCAUCAAGAUAUAGAUAUUGAGGACAUCUUUGGUUCUAGUUCACCAUAUGAUAACACAGCUGAACAAAAAGGCGAUGGUGGAGUUGAUGUCCGUGUACCACGACAAAAUGAUACAGAUGAUGAGAUUGCUGAUGUUGAUGAUAGUGGCGAUGAAGUUGAAAAGGGGCGCAAUGCUGCAGAAGCACUUAGAGCCCAGGUUAAUGCCCAAGAGAGGGAUGAACAGACCUCCAGUUCUAGCAGCAGCAGUGAAAGUGGAAGCAGCGGAAGUGGAAGUGGCAGUGGGAGCAGCAGCAGUAGCGACAGUGAAGGCAGCGAUGAAGAUUCGGUUAACUCUAUUUGAGCAUUUGAAGAACUUUCAGAAACUUGAAGAACAGAACACAAUGGGAAAACAAUCAGAGGGUAACAAAUAGGUAUCUGGAAACUAUUACUGUCUUACAGAAAGAAAUAAGCCAUUCUGGUCUUCGCAGGAUGGCAUUUUGCGCUGAGUUAAGUUUCUUUGGCGAUAAUACAUCAUGGUGUGCAAGUAAUUUAACCAUAUUGUAUGUCAAAUAAUAAACAGAUAUAUUGCAAGUUCAAUUAAAAAGAUACAACUGUAAUUUUCGGUGAGUGAGGUUGUAAUAACACACUAUUUGAGAUUGCCUUGGAAUAAACAAAGAAUUUUGCUGCUA